GAAUAAUGAAUUCCUUAACAUCCUCCUUCCUUAAAAUGAGAAAUAAUAUAAAUUUGUAGUGUGUGUGCCAAUAAGCCAAUAAGCCAAUAAUGAAAGUUGUGCCAACUUGCCCAUUUAUUGAGUUUUUGACUUGAGCCACCAAUUCAGAUAGAAAGAGUUACUAACACUAUAUGAUAAUACCNUUAGUUAGCCAAUGAUCUAUUCUUUACAGAGUUGAAUUCUUUCUUUCGAUACCAGAGUAUUACCACCUUGACUAGCAGUACCUCGAACAUCCAGAACCUCUAA